AUGUCCCAACAGCCACUGGUCGAUCCUCCCGAUCUGCGACUCGCUGCCUCGGCCCUUGUUGACGAGGAGGAUGCUUCGCAGAACAAUCCCGUUUCAGACUCGCAGACCGACAUCCUCUCUGGAUCCCGAAAGCGCAAGUCCGAAGAUGCCGGCCACUUCCGGUCGUCCAAGAAGCACUGCGAGGACGAUGAGAGCUACUGUGGCACCGUCGAGCGCAUCGAGCUGGUCAACUUCAUGUGCCACAAAUAUCUGGUUGUGGACUUCAACCCAAAGAUCAACUUUGUCAUCGGCCACAACGGCAGUGGAAAGAGCGCCAUCCUCACCGGCCUGAUGAUCUGCCUUGGAGGCAAGGCGAGUUUCACCAAUCGUGGCCAGAAUCUGAAGAAUUUCAUCAAGGAAGGAGAGAGUUCCGCUGAGAUCACUGUCCGGAUUCGAAACACUGGCGAGGACGCUUUCGAGCCAGGCACAUAUGGCGACUUCAUCGAGAUCACUCGCAGACUCACCGCCGACAGCGGCAAGCCACACACCUACAAAAUCAUGUCCAGUAACAAAACCCUCGUCUCCACCAAGAAGGAGGACCUCGUAGCAAUCUGCGACCACUUCCAGAUUCAGGUCGAGAACCCGCUCGCCAUCCUGACGCAAGAUACAGCGCGCAUGUUCCUGGGCAACAGCACACCUCAGGAAAAGUAUCAGCUCAGCCAGCUCCACGAUGACUACAGCAUUAUCAAGCAGAACCUGCAAAAGAUGCGCGAAAGCACCCAGGUCCAGGUCAAGAGAAUCCUUGAGCUCAAGGAUGACAUCGUAAAACUCAAGGAGCGGAUGAAGGUGGGAUCAUUGCUUUAUCCUCAUCUGUUGCAGCAGGCAUAUUGGUGCCACGGGGCCCAGUACGCAGCGGUGUGGUUGACCAUGACUCUCCGACAGGAUCUUGAGCAAAUGGAGGACUACCAGGACACCAUCCACUCCUUGAAGAACGAGCUGAUCUGGGCGACCAUUGUCGAUCAAGAGCAGGCUUUGAAGAAGCAGCACGACGCUAUCGAAUCGCGACAGCGUAAGAUCAACCGACGAGAAGAGCACGUCAGUCAGAACAAUGCCGAGCUAGAGCGGCUGAACGAGGACAUUGAGCGCUGUCGGGAAAAGAUCGAGUCUCUGUCGUCACCAGUGUUCACCAGCCGCCUUCAAGAGCUGCAGAACGAGCGCGUCCAAAUCAAGGACGAGCUGCGCGAGUGUUUGUCUCAGAACGAAGAAGUGCAGGAAGAGAUCCGCAAGCUGACGGCUGAAAAGAACAAGAUCACAGCCAAGUUCGCGGCCGAGAAGAAGCGUCUGGGAGCCAGCGGUAACCGCGCUGAGCGGGAGCAAGAGCUGGAGGAUAUGAAGGAACGCCGGUCGGAAAUCACUACCAAGCUCGAAGAGAUGGCUGCCCAGCGUGAUGAGAUCGAUCAAGAGCUCGAGCGGUUCACCCAAGAGCGACAAGACGCCCGCGCCGAUCAAGGCGGGCUGAGUCGAAAGGUUGAAGACAUCCGCAAGCGCAUCGAAACGAUGCAGCAACAGACUCAGAACAGCGUGCUCGUCUAUGGCAAUGCCAUGCCCAAGAUUCUUGAAGAAAUCGAUCGACUCGACAGGGCUGGUCGAUGGGUUGGAUCCAAGCCGGUUGGUCCACUCGGAUUGUUCGUCAAGCUGCGAGAUGCACGAUACGGCGAGGUGAUCGAGUCCUGCCUCGGCCGAACGCUGAACGGAUUUGCCAUCAGCUCCAACAGAGAUAUCUCGACUCUCCAGGGCGUCCUCAGAAAGUUCAGGAGCACUACCGACGCUGCGCCACUCCCCGAGUUUAGUGUAUCUCCGUUGCAUUGGCGCGUUGCUUUGAGCAGCGAUAAUCCGAUCAUUCGAUACACCAACGCGAGGAACUUUGACUUUUCCUCUGGAGAGCCUGAGGAGAAAUUUGUGACGAUCUAUCGAAUGCUCGAGAUUACCAAUCCGGUUGUACUCAUGUGUCUAGUGGUCAACCACAAUAUCGAGAGUAUCGCGCUGGUCAACUCCCGUGUCGAGGGCUUGGACAUGAUUGCGCACUUUAACGGCAUGCCUCACAACGUCCGGAGGAUCUACGAUCGACGCGACCUGUACGAGUGUGGUCAGAAGGGCAUGGAGGGCUCAUUUGCCCUCAACCGAUGGAGAGGGGCCAAGCGGCUUGUUACAAACAUCGAGUCUGAUAUUCGUGCCGAGCAGGAUGCCCUCAAAGAGAGCGCAGACCGGCUCGAGACCCUCAACAUGGAUAUCACUGCGCUCUCGGUGAAGAUUGAUGACCGCCAGAAGAAGCGGCAGAAGCUCGAGCUGAGGCGUGAAAGUACAAACUUGCAUCGGCGAAUCGACGAUCUUCAGACGGAACUCUCUGAAGACUCCAACCGUGGAACAAUCCAUGUCCUCCAGAACACACUGGAUAGCCUGGAGGCAAAGCUCGAUGAGUCCCAGGAAAAACUCACGAUCGUCGAGCGCCAGCGGCUGGACCUGGUCGCAAAGGACACACCAAUCAAGCAGCGAAUCGAGCAGCUGAACGCCGAGAACAGGAUGCAUCACGAGCAGGUCAACAAGCUCAAGCGAGAGUUGAACGCCUACCUCGAGAGCCAAGAUCAGAUACAGGGAACCAUUGCCACGGUCAAGGAGCAGAUCGAGGACUUUUCCCGCGAGCUCGAAAAUCUGAAGAGCGAAUACGACAAACAGUCGAGUGAGAUCGACGAGGCUGUGGAGACUGCUCUUGAAAUCACCCAGAAGCGAAUCACUACGCACAAAACCAUCGAGGUUCUCCAAAAGGAAAUCUCGCGAGUAGCAGCCCUUGCUACUGAGCAGGCCAAGCGGCACGGCGACAAGGAGGCUGUGUCGAAGCAGUAUGAAGCCAAGGUGACCCAGUACAACCGCAUCAAGAAGCAGAUCAAGGACUUCAAAGGACUCCAGGAUAAGAUUGAGUCUGCUGUCGAAAUCCGUGCCUCUUCGCUCGUUGCCUUCCGCGAAUUCAUCAUCAUGCGCGCCAAACUGCUGUUCCAAGAAAUCAUGAAGAAGCGCGGAUACGACGGCAAGCUGGAAUUCCGGGAUGGUGGACUGUUUUUGCGGGUGUCGGUCGAAGACCAAGCCAAAGCCCAGAGCCUAUAUUCCGAGACACAAAGCAACAAGUCAUCAACAUCCAAAGAUCCCAAGUCACUCUCUGGAGGAGAAAAGAGCUUCUCGACCAUCUGCUUGCUUCUCUCCAUAUGGGACGGCAUGGCCAAUCCGUUCCGGUGCCUGGACGAGUUCGAUGUUUUCAUGGAUGCCGUCAACCGUCGUAUAAGCAUGAAGUUCUUGAUCGACUAUGCCCGUAGCCGCGAGAAGCAACACUGCCAGUACAUACUGAUUACCCCCCAAGAUAUGAGCUACAUCAAAGGCAUUGAUAGUGGCGAUGUCAAAGUCAGCCGGCUCGAGGACCCAAGUCGAAACGGCGGCUAUCGGCAGCGGACGCUGGAUGAGUUUACCGUGUGA